UGUUUUAUUUCCUCUUACAUUUUCAAAGAUACCGUACAAUUGAUUUGAGACUUACCCGUUGGACUUUGUCAUUUAAUUGGGAGCGGACUUUAAUCACAAUAAACUAUUUUUAACGCCAUAUCGGCCAGUUACUCGGAAUCAAGUCAAAUUGAAGGUUGCAGGGAACCCCUUCUUUGAAAUACGACACUCCACCAUCCCAUGAUGAGUGGAGAAGUGGGAGAGAUGGAGAUGGAGGAUCUCAACAAGCAAGAGGAUAGCAACAAGCAGAACACGGCUCCCAAGUCGGCUCCUAGCCCGAGGCCUGGGCGCUUCCAGGUGAACAUCGUCAGCGAGAACCCUGAAGCUGCCCCGAAAGAGAACAAGGACAAGACUUCUCCCAUUCACAGUGAGCCCAGCUCCGGCGGACAGUCGACUCCGAUGGGCAAUGAGGACUUUGACCAGUCCAUGGCAAUGCAAACCUUUGGUCAGAACACCAUUGAGGUGAUGCCAUCCCUAGACUACUAUAGGAACCUUUUCUCCACGUCUGCGACUGCCAAGCAGAGGCCAACGUUGCAUGAUCUUCACGAACCUAUCAAGGACCCUACACCUCAGGACGCUCCUUCUGAUACUGAGAGCCGGCAACCUCAAGUUUCAUCUGCAUCAAAGUUUGGCUGGAUCAAAGGAGUACUGAUAAGAUGUGUCUUGAAUAUCUGGGGUGUUAUGCUGUUCCUGCGUCUCACAUGGAUUGUGGGCCAGGCUGGAAUAUUAUAUGCAAGUGUGAUUGUCUUGAUGUCUGCUGUUGUCACCACUCUCACUACUCUCUCCAUGUCAGCCAUCUGUACCAAUGGGGAGGUCAAAGGAGGUGGGGCCUAUUACAUGAUAUCCCGUAGCUUGGGUCCGGAGUUUGGAGGUUCCAUCGGGCUGAUCUUCUCCGUUGCUAACACCAUCGCCGUUGCUAUGUACGUCGUUGGUUUCUCGGAGACGGUCGCUCUCCUGCUAAAGGACUACGAUGCCCAGAUGGUCGACCUGGUCAACGAUGUCAGGAUCAUUGGUAUGAUCACCAUCGUCGUCCUCCUGGCCAUCAUCUUUAUAGGCAUGGCAUGGGAAGCUAAGAUUCAGCUGGUCCUUCUGGUUGUACUCAGUAUAGCCAUUCUUAACAUGGUUGUUGGGAGUUUCCUUCCUGUAACCGAGGCUAAAGCUGCCAAGGGAUUCACUGGAUACAGAAAGGAUGUCUUUGUACAAAAUCUGAAGCCAGGCUUCCAGGAUGGAGAAACCUUCUUCUCCGUCUUCUCCAUCUUCUUCCCAGCAGCCACCGGUAUCUUAGCGGGAGCGAACAUCUCCGGAGAUCUUCAUGAUGCCCAGAAGGCCAUCCCCAAGGGGACCCUGUGGGCCAUCCUGAUCUCCACCGUCAUCUACGUGGGUCUCUCCUGGCUCAUAGGAGGCUGCAUGAUCAGGGAGGCCACAGGGAGCAUCGUCGACGUGAUAGCCGGGAACGUCACCACGGCAUGUCUCAAUGGGACCUUGGAGUGUGAAUAUGGGCUCGUCAAUGACCUGGCUGCAGCCAAGGUCAUCUCUGGAUGGGUGCCGUUGGUUCUGGCUGGAAUCUUUGCUGCAUCUCUCUCCUCGGCUCUGGCCAGCUUGGUCAGUGCACCAAAGGUGUUCCAGGCUGUGUGCAAGGACAAGAUCUUCCCUAAGAUUGAAUACUUUGCUCAUGGUGUAGGAGCGGGUGAUGAACCCAAGAGGGCAUAUGUUCUCACCUUCUUCAUCGCUGCGGCAUUCAUUGCUAUAGGUGAUCUGAACACGAUUGCUCCUCUCAUCUCAAACUUUUUCUUGGCUUCCUAUGCUCUCAUCAACUUCUCUUGCUUUUCUGCAUCCCUAGCAAAGUCACCAGGCUGGAGACCUGCCUUUAAGUAUUACAACAUGUGGGUAGCCCUUGUGGCCUCGGUCAUCUGCGUAGGAGUCAUGUUCCUCAUCAACUGGUGGGCAGCUCUUCUCACCAUCGCCAUCAUCUCCGGUCUCUACAUGUACGUCCACAGCACAAAACCAGAGGUAAAUUGGGGAGACUCCAACCAAGCAUUCUUGUACAAGAGAGCAAUCCAGACAACUAUCAAGCUAGGCAACGUACCAGAGCAUGUCAAGACAUUCAGACCUCAAAUCUUACUUCUGACUGGGCCCCCUAACUGCCGUCCAGCCAUGCUUCAUCUAUGUUCACAUAUCACCAAAAAUACCAGCUUGCUACUGUGUGGAAACGUUAUUAUAGGUGAACAACCAGAGGUUUUCAGACAACUCAGAACAACAGAAUAUGAGCAAUGGCUAAACUACAAGAAACUCAAGGCUUUCCUUGCCUUCACUACAGCACCAACACUCAGGAAAGGAGCACAACAACUCAUGCAGCUUGGAGGAUUGGGUAAGAUCCGUCCUAACACCAUGUUUAUGGGAUUCAAGAGAAACUGGAGUGCCUGCAAACCUGAAGACCUCUUAGAUUACGUUGGCAUCAUACACGAUGCCUUUGAUCUACAGCUGGGUGUGUGUAUCCUGAGGUUGCAAGAGGGUUCUGAUGUAUCAGCAGCUUUAGACUUUGAGAAGGAGGAGCCUUAUAACCAGAAGGAAGAUCUUCAGCCGGAAAAUGAGAAAGCAUGCAACAGCAUUACCACGCCAACCAUCACGAUCACGGGAACUACGCAAAAGGACAAUGCGAUGAAAGACAAUAUAGAUGAAGAAGACGAAGAGGAAGAGGAGGAGGAGAAAGAGAAGGAGAAUGCCAAGGAAUCCACAGCGUUGGUCCAUAACUCGGACAAUCAGACAAACAAUCAAUCACGCCCUCUAUUGACCAGCGAGAAGCUGGUACGCAACAUGCCGAUCGGCUCCGUCAUCAAGACCACACAGAAGUUCCAGGGCAAACAGCCCAAGGGAACUAUCGACGUCUGGUGGCUGUUUGAUGAUGGAGGUCUGACGCUGCUGAUUCCCCAUCUGCUCACCCAGAAGACCAACUGGCAGAAGUGCAAACUGAGGGUCUUUGCUAGCGGCAAGAAGGAAAGAGUCGAUGAUGAGAAGAGAAAGAUGGCUAACUUGCUGAGCAAGUUCCGUAUCCCUCACGACAGUGUGAACAUCAUUCCAAACAUCGGCAAGUUGCCAUCUGCAGCAAGUAUAGAGAAAUUCAACAAGAUCAUCGAGCCAUGGUUACUGAAGGAGGGCGAAGACCCCAAGGCGUAUCCAUGGAAGAUCUCAGAACAGGACGUGGAAUCGCUCAAUGAUAAGACAAUGAGACAAAUCCGCCUAAGAGAACUUCUUCAAGAGCACUCCAAAGAUGCCAGCCUUAUUGUCAUGUCUCUACCGAUGCCCAGGAAGAGCCUCUGUCCACCCAUCAUGUACAUGUGCUGGUUAGAAGUGCUUUCUGGUGACCUCCCUCCUAUGCUGCUCAUGAGAGGCAACCAAACCAGUGUUCUCACCUACUAUUCGUAGUAUACGCUUCAGUAGAACGGUCAUCUUAGGCAGGCUGAAUACACCCAAUGUAAUACAUCAUGCUUUAUAUGAGAGGCACACAGCCCUGUAGCUCUCCUUCUACUCAAAGUACAAGCUUCAAUAGAACGAAAGUUCAUCUCAGGCAGACUGAACCCACCCAUAUGUAAUACAUCAUGCUCCUGAGAGGCAACCAAAUUAGAGUGCGUACUGAUAGUACAUGCUUUCAUCUUGGGUAGUAUGAAUACACCUUAUCUAACUUUUCUAUCUAACAGAUGAAGAAGAAAUAGACUGCUUUGUUU